UAUACUUCUGAAACCUGAACAUACUUUUCCAGCCUUAAGCCUAGCACAAAAAGGAAAUGGAUCCAAGGCUUUUAGAAGCCAUUCAGGAAAAUGAUAAAGUUGUCUUUGAAAUAUUAGUUCAGGAAGACAAACGAGUGCUUCAACAACGAUCAUCGGAUUCCUCUAACACAUCUCUGCACUAGGCAAUAAUAAAAGGGAAAACAGAAAUAGCUAGAGCAAUUUUAGAGCUGUGUCCUGACUUGGUUUCAGCUCAGAAUAUUCGAGGGGAUACUCCUCUCCAUGAGGCCUGUCGAGUAGGAAAAGCUGAUAUUGUGACGUUGCUGUUAGAGACCAAGCCAAUGGAAGCCACUCAACUUAACUACAACAACGAGAGUGCGUUUUCAUAGCUUGUAGCCGAAGGCAUCUUGGUGUAGUUAAUCUCCUGCUCAACCAAAGUUGGCUAAUGGACAUUGAAGAAGCUAGAUACCCUUCAAAUGCUUUGCACCAAUCAGUGUCAAGAGCAGACAGAAGAGUUGUGAGAGCAAUAUUGGAAGCGAGGCCAAGUUUUGCUUGGAAAUGUGACCAGGAUGGGUGUUUACCGCUUCACUGCGCUUGUGAAAAGAGUAGCUUGGAGAUGACAAAAAUCCUUUUAGAGUAUGCCCCCCAAAGUAGUAUGGUACUUAAUAACAAAGGGUAUGUACCAUUGCAUUUGGCGGCAAUGAAUGGUUGUGCUCCCAUCAUCCGUGAAUUUCAGUCGAGAGCUCCCGAAUGUUUCAAUUUAUUCACACAACAGGGGGAUUCUGUAGUUCACCUUGCUGUUAAAUCCGGCAGCUUCGAUGCCUUCAUUGUCAUGAGGGAUGUUUUUACAACCAUACCUCACUUCCUCCUCGUCCGAGACCAACACGAUAAUACAGUCUUACAUCUUGCUAUAUCCACAGGCUGCUAUAAAAUUGCAGAGUACUUAAUCAAGGUUAAACUGUUGGAUCUCAAUGCCCAAAAUUACUCGGGUCUCACAGCACUGGACAUACUCGAAGAGGUAGCUUUCCCUGAUGAAGAAAAAUGGAGUCUUGCAAACUUGUUAGUUAAAGCCGGUGGUAAACGUAGCAUUGUGAUCUCUUCGACAUCACUAGUUAGAGAAAGUAAUGACAAUGGAAUGGAGCACAAGGAUAUUAAAUCACCUGCUUCUUCUAACGGCGCCACAACGACUCACAAUUCACAACCAAGUGGAGCUGCUGCUCAAACAAAUUAUAAUACGACAAGAUCUGAAAAGAACAAAAAACCAACGCAAAAGGAACUAGCUAGACACACUAGUGAUCACCUAAGAAAGAUGCAGAUAGAAGCACUACAAAAUUCGAGGAACACCAUCAUAGUAGUCGCUGUUUUAAUUGCAACAGUAAGUUUUGCUGCUGGGAUAAAUCCUCCUGGUGGUGUCUACCAGGAUGGACCAAUGAAAGGGAAAUCAAUACUAGCCAGAGCAACAGCUUUCAAGGUGUUUGAAAUAAGCAACACUUUUGCAUUGUUCACCUCUCUUUCAGUUGUCAUUACUCUCAUCAGGAUCAUCCCUUUUCGAAGAAAACCGCUGGUGAGAGUGCUAAAGAUUGCUGACAGGGUCAUGUGGGUAGCAGUUUUGUGCAUGGGAAUCAGUUUUCUAGCAGCAACUUGGGUGAUCACACCACAUAGUGGAGGCACCGAAUGGAUGCCUGUGUUGGCAACGGCUGCGGGUGGCAGCGCGCUGGGAGCGACCUUUAUUGUUAUAGCUGUGAUUUUUGCUAUUCAUUGGCAGCGGAAAAGGAUGUGGAGGAAGAAAAGGACAGAAGGAAAGGUAGAAGAGCAACCAGUUGAGCAAUUUGCAGUAGAGGAAUUAGAGAUAAAGAUCCUUGGAAGCGCAAAGUCAGACAUUGCACCCAAUUACGGUUUAGGAUAUCACACAUAUUGA